AUGGGAAGCGGCCGCGCCACCAACCACGACAGCUGCGACAGCUGCAAGGAGGGCGGCGACCUGCUGUGCUGCGACCACUGCCCUGCCGCCUUCCACCUGCAGUGCUGUAACCCUCCACUGAGCGAGGAGAUGCUGCCUCCAGGGGAGUGGAUGUGUCAUCGUUGCACUGUGCGUCGAAAGAAGCGGGAGCAGAAGAAAGAGCUGGGGCAGGUAAAUGGAUUGGUGGACAAAGCUGGGAAAAGGACCACCUCCCCCACCAGUGACGGUGACCUAUUGGACAGGUCUAGCAGCAGCAUCAGGGCUGUCGCACAUACCAGGAUCUUGGAACGGAGAGCGAGCCGGCCUGGUACUCCCACCUCCAACGCCAGCACCGAGACCCCCCUUUCGGAGCAGAACGAUGUAGAUGAGGACAUAAUUGAUGUGGAUGAUGACUCUGCCAUUGCAGAAAUGGACUGCGGGCAGCCUCAGCUGAAGCGCCCCUUUGAGCUGCUUAUUGCUGCUGCCAUGGAAAGGAACCCAACGCAGUUCCAGUUGCCGAAUGAACUGACCUGCACCACCGCACUUCCAGGUACUAGUAAGAGGAGGAGAAAGGAGGAAACCACAGGAAAGAAUGUCAAGAAAGCACAACACGAGUUGGACCACAAUGGCUUGGUUCCCUUGCCAGUGAAAGUCUGCUUCACGUGCAACAGGAGCUGCAGAGUGGCACCGCUCAUUCAGUGUGAUUACUGCCCGCUCCUGUUCCACAUGGAUUGCUUGGAGCCCCCGCUAACUGCUAUGCCCCUAGGCAGGUGGAUGUGCCCAAAUCACAUUGAGCAUGUGGUGCUGAACCAGAAGAACAUGACCUUGAGUAACCGGUGCCGAGUGUUUGACCGGUUCCAAGACACCAUUUCUCAGCAUGUUGUCAAGGUGGAUUUCCUGAACCGAAUCCACAAGAAGCACCCUCCCAACCGCAGGGUUCUUCAGUCGGUGAAAAGAAAAGGUUUGAAGGUUCCAGAUGCUAUCAAAUCCCAGUACCAGUUUCCACCCCCCUUGCUUGCGCCUGCAGCAAUUCGGGAUGGUGAGCUGAUCUGUAAUGGGGUCCCCGAGGAAUCCUCACAGAAGCACCUUCUGAACACUGAGCACUUAGCCAGCCAGUCAGAACAGCAAGAGUGGCUCUGUAGUGUUGUUGCACUCCAGUGCAGCAUAUUGAAACAUUUAUCUGCUAAGCAGAUGACUUCGCUUUGGGACUCUGAACAGACAGAGAAGGCUGAUAUUAAGCCUGUUAUUGUGGCAGAUGGCUCGAUCACCAACCCUUACCAGGCAGCUGACAAGGCACCCACACCUUCCCUUUAUUCCAUGUCGUGCACCUCAGGGAUUACCACCCAGAAUUCCUUGAGCUCCUCACAAUCCCAGCAGACUGUACCACAGGAAGAGAUCAACUGUAGCUCUUGUCUGGAUAAACCCAAGAAAGGAUCUUCUUGCGGGACUUCUAAUGGGCCCACAGCCUCCGAAGUGAAAGUAAACGGUCCUCAUUUCUGCGGUGUUUCCUCUGAGCCCUCUGCACAGCUGACUGACUCCCAGAGGCUAAUUGGACCAGGUAACACGAUCCCGGUUAUGUCUCCUCGGCAGACGUGGCCCAGGCCUCUUACGCCCCCAGCAGCGUGUGGACUUCUGAAUCACACGGCUGGAACCGUUGUGAAAACGGAGAACGUAGCAGGACCCAUUUCUUGUGCACAAAGGGGUACCGUGCCAGUCACGAGCCUGCCUGCUUCCCUACCGAGCUCUUGUGCCAGCCUAGAGACCACCAGCACUUUGCAAAGAAAGAACGUUCAGACGCAGAUAGGACCCCCGCUGGCUGCAGAACUGCGAUCCGCUGGUUCCCCUUUAACUGCCACUAGGGCUCUUACUCCUCCGCAGGCGACGGGAGAUGGAUCCACACACAGAUUCUGUUCACCAGCACCACCUUCAGACGGUAAGGUCAGUCCCAGCACCUUAUCCAUAGGAACCGCUUUAACUGCCCCCUCAUCGUUCACUUCAGGCUCUGCCGCUAUGAUGGACCUUACCAGUUCCCUGAAAGCAUUAAUGGAUGGUAAUGGUGAGAUUGAGAUAAAUAUGCUGGAUGAGCAGCUGAUCAAGUUUCUGGCCUUGCAGAGAAUACAUCAGCUCUUUCCUUCCAAAGCUCAGUCUAUAGCGGGCAGUGUCAGUUCCCAUCAGCCAGCUCCUAUGGGAAACCACAUUGAAGCGCAAAGGAAAGAGGUGCAAGCCCGGGCAGUGUUCUACCCACUGAUGGGCUUGGGGGGCGCAGUGAACAUGUGCUACAGGACGCUCUACAUCGGGACAGGAGCUGACAUGGACGUGUGCCUUACGAGCUAUGGUCACUGCAACUACGUGUCCGGCAAACAUGCCUGCAUAUUCUACGACGAGAACACGAAGCAUUACGAGCUGCUGAACUACAGCGAGCAUGGGACGACGGUGGACAACGUCCUGUACUCCUGCGACUUCUCGGAGAAGACAACGCCCACCCCCCCCAGCAGCAUUGUUGCCAAAGUGCAGAGCGUGAUAAGGCGCCACAAAAGCAGGAAGCAGGAAGAGGAGCCGCACGAAGAUGCUGCCGUGAUGAACUCGCAGGCGCAGGGGCAGCACCGCAAGCCCUGCAACUGCAAGGCCAGCAGCUCCAGCUUGAUUGGGGGUAGUGGGGCAGGCUGGGAGGGCACGGCCUUGCUCCAUCACGGCAGUUACAUCAAGCUGGGCUGCCUGCAGUUCGUCUUCAGCAUCACCGAGUUCGCGACCAAACAGCCCAAGGGGGAUGCGGCCUUAGCACAAGACACAGACUUGGAGGAGAAGCUCCCCCUGAAGCCCCACCAGGUGCCCGUGCUGCGCUCCAACUCCGUUCCCUAGGAGCCCGGGCCGGGGCCCUGCGCCGCGGCAGGGGCCUUGCCGGAGACUCUUGCAAUGCAAACAUGUACAAACCCUGCGGGGAUUUUCUACGCCGGCCCAGGAACCGUUCACGCCGUUUGCAUGAGAUGAAGAACGUUUCACUUUUUUUAAUUAUUUUCUUUUUUUGCUCAAGUUUUCGGGGCAUUUGCACAUAUAUUUGUACUAUACAUUUCAUUUUAAAAGGAAAACUGCAGCGAGGCGAGGAGCAGGGGCUGUGGCCCUGCCCGGCCCCCUCCGCCAGGCCCUUCCCGCGCAAUUGUAAAAUAAUCAGAAACUUGUUCUAUUUUGUGCCAGUGACAAUAGUUUUAUAUUAAAAGAGAAAAAUACAGUUUUCAUACAGCAAAUCUAUACAAUAUCAUUGUUUUAUUUAAUGUAAAGAAGCGCUAUACUCCCCCACAGGCCUCCUCCCCCCCACCCCCCUGCUGUGGUUGCACUACAAGUUGCUACUGUGUAUUAUGGGCAAUGAGAAACGAGUUCUUUUCCUGGCGUCCCCCCUCUCUUUGCAUAAGGAAAGUAUUGGAUUCUGUGUAAAUACAUCCGUGACGGCAUUUUUCAAUGUUUUUAAAGCUGUGUACAGUGCUCCAUGUGGGAUGACGUUGCCUCCGAUUUGUCUAUUGUAGCAGAUUGUCUGUCGUAAGCCUGUCUGUCUCUUCCGUUCGCCCCGCCCCCGACAGCUAGCUCCGAUGUACAUAGUCAUUGUAAUGUUUUAGACUUUACAGAAACUUUCCUGUAUUCUGUAUAUAAAAAGCAAAAUACUUCCCA